AAAGUGCUUGUAAGAGGAAGCGAGGGAGCUAAACAGCAGGUGAAAACAAAAUUAAUUAUUUUAUUCGGUUUUGUAAAUUUGACAUAGUGGGUGAAUGGUGUGCCGAAGUCGUUGCGACAACUUACUUCGUUUUUCUUGUGUGAAAAAGUUUGAAUCAAACUCUCAGUAAUUAUAUGCAAUGGAACGCGAACUGGUAAUACCCAAAAGCUAUCCCAUAAACUUGAUCGACAAGGACUGGAGCAAGCGUGAAUUGUAUUUUAAGAAAGAUUCCAAGGAUUUUUUAGACAAAGUUCAUGAUUUGAAAGUAAGAGAUGAUGAUGUUUGGAUUGUAACUUAUCCAAAGUGUGGCACUACCUGGAUGCAAGAGUUGCUGUGGCUACUCAUGAACGAUUGUGACUUUGAGACCGCCUUGGCCACAGAUCAAGAGAUACGCAGUCCAUUCAUGGAAUUUGGUUUCUAUACAUACGGAGAUGCAGAUGGAGCUAUUCAGACAUUAGAGGAUCUUAGCUCACCUCGUCUAAUUAAAACUCAUCUUCCCUUGGCCUUGUUGCCGGCUCAGCUUUGGCAGAAGAAGGCGAAAGUGGUUUAUGUCUCCAGAAAUCCGUUGGAUGCAUUGGUCUCUAGCUAUUACCAUGGACUGUCAUGGGGUUUUUAUUAUGGCCAAACAAUGGAUCAAUUUUUUGAGAACGAAAUACUGCGGAAAAGAUUAGUUGAGGAAACCCCCAUUGCCCAUUUCGCCGAGUUUUAUCGGAUAAGGCAUAGGCCGUGGAUUUACUAUACUAGUUUUGAGAAUAUGAAGGACAAUCUACGUGGCGUGAUCGAGAAUGUCGCUGAAUUCCUAAAUAAACCUAUAACACAUGAGCACAUGGAACGCCUUCUAAAGCAUUUAUCAUUCGAACAAAUGAAAAACAAUCCAACCACCAACCACCUGUGGGAACGAAAGAUUGUUAACCAUCCGAAUGCUGGGAAAGAAGAUCACAAAUUUGUUCGUCGUGGCAAGGUGAAUGGCUACAAAGAUGAACUGAAGCCUGACAUGAUUGAUAAGAUAAAUUGCUUUAUCAAUGCAGAACUUCAGAAACAUGAUGUAACACUAGAAAAUAUCUUACUGCUGAAGAAAGAAUACAAUGUCUUCAUCCUUUCCUUUGGUCGAUCGCCACCACUUGAUGCUAGUGGUGGACAUAGGAAAUUAAAGAAUAAAAACAAGAAGAGCAGUCCCCAAAUAGGAAGAAGGACGACACUGGGUACAAUGCGCGAGGCAACUCUGCGGCUGUUGCUUCUUAUUGGCAUUGUUCUGGCUGGCGGAUGUGCGGCCCACCUGACCAAGCGCAGCUUCUCGGACCAGAGUGUCCAUGGGUACACCACAGAGCGCACCUGCUGGUGGAAUGAGGUGUGCAAGGAAGAGUUCCAGAGUCUCUUCCGAUGCAAGUGUCCGCAAUUCUCGUAUUGCCGGUCGCCGGGACGCUAUUACAAUGCCUACUGCUCUAUGACGGAUACAGGCUAUAUUUGGACACAGCCCAAUUGGGAUUGGGGGCCAUAGCAAUAGCAGUAGAGAGAGCUUGCCGGGUCCUGUGACGUCAAAACACUGACGGCGAAAAGUAUGCUUCCAUUUCCAGAGUGGCCUCUAAACACACAUACUCUCAUCCGCACAAAUUGAUUGUAAUCCUAAUCGCAAUUGAUUCCUAUUCUGUUUCCCUCAUCGAUUGGCUAUUGUUAAUAAAUUAAAGGAAUAAUUACAAUAA